CAAGCUUGAAAGCUAAUCAUAAACAAAAACACUAAAAACAUAGCAUUAUUAGUUAUAAUUAGUACUAAUAAGCUACUAUAUAUAACUAGGUAUGGCGUUCAUGGAGCAUAAAGGGUUGAGUGAUCAUUAUCAUGGGAAGAAUGUGAUGACGGUGGAACAAUUCAAACGAUGGUUGAAGACAGCAUUUGAUACAAAUGGUGAUGGAAAAAUAAGCAAAGAAGAACUAAGACAUGUUAUGCGUCUUACAAGAGGACUCUUUGCAUCUUGGAAUUGUGGUAAUGAUUUCAACUUUGCAGAUGCUAACCAUAAUGGUUUAAUUGAUGAAAAUGAAUUCAACAACCUUGUUCUCUUUGCUGACAAGCAUUUCAAUGUCAAAAUCAAACAAUAGGUUUCGUAUAUCCUAGUCUUGUUUGGUGGAGUAAUAAUCAACUUUGAAGUUUAAUUUACUUGUUUUAGAUCACUAUAUAUAUCUAAUCACUAAUAAGAAGGAUCCAUGCAACAUGGGUAAAAUUUCACCAUGUGUGUACUUAUUUAAGUUAUUGAACUAUAUAUAUUGUGUAUUUUUAUUUUAA